AUGGAGAUUGUUUUUCAGUUUACCUCAAGCACUCAUGAUGAUCAAAAUCUUGAAUCUGAUGGGGAUUCCUUGAUUAGCAGUCCAACACUGCAACAUUUGGAAGAAGAUAUCGUGCACGGGCUUGAUGAUGACCUGGAGAUAAUAGUUGAAAAACUGACAGGACACUAUCAUUUUGACAUUCGUGUUUGGAUUACAACAUCUCAAGAAUAUGGAAGAAGAAAUGUGUUGUUAGAAGCUUUACAUUGCAUUUCAAAGCAAACAAAUAUUGACAUCGAAAAAGAUUAUAAUGUGAAGGAUGACAAUGAGUUAGCCGACCUGGUGCAAAAAAGCCUAAAGGGUCGAAGAUACCUUGUUGUUGUUGAUGAUAUUUGGAGUACGGAUGUUUGGGAUACCAUAAGAGGUAUUUUUCCUGAUUACAACCGUAGGAGUCGAAUCUUAUUGACUACUAGGGAAACAAGGUAG